GGAGAUCAAUUGCCCUGUCUGCUGCAGGAGACCAAAGCAUUUGGCAAUUGGGCAGGUGCUUUUCAAGCUGCUACCCUGGUGCUGGAGCUCAGAGUGAGUGAGUCUGAAUAGCAAUGUGGGUCCUCCUCCGUGUCCCAGGGCUCCUAGCUUCCCUGACCUUGCUCCACGCUGCAGUGUCUGUCACAUGUGCACAGUCCACCAGCACUGCUGCCAUCUCUGAUACUGUGAGUGAGGUCAAGGCCCAAGUCAGCAAGGCCUUUCUGGAAUCUCGGACCAGGCUGACGACUGCCAUGAGCUCUGAGGCACCCAACAUGCGACAGCUCUCAGAGUACCUCAAGCAUGCCAGGGGCUGGACGCGCACGGCCAUCCGCAACGGGCAGGUGUGGGAAGACUCCUUAAAGAGACUGAGGCAGAAAACGACUUUGACCAAUGUUACAGACCCGAACCUGGACUUGACUGCACUCUCUCGGGAGGUGGGCUGUGGUGCCCCGGUGCCUGUGGUGAGAUGCGACAACAGCUCUUACCGCACCAUUACAGGAGACUGUAAUAACAGGAGGAACCCUGAGCUGGGCGCCGCCAACAGGGCGCUGGCGCGCUGGCUGCCCGCCGAGUACGAGGACGGGCUCUCCCUGCCCUUCGGGUGGACGCCGGGAAAGACGCGGAACGGCUUCCCGAUCCCGCUGGCCCGUGAGGUAUCCAACCAGAUUGCAAGCUAUCUGAGUGAGGAGGGUGUUCUGGACCCAAACACAUCCCUGCUGUUCAUGCAGUGGGGUCAAAUUGUGGACCACGACAUGGAUUUUGCCCCUGACACUGAGCUGGGGAGCAGCGAGCACUCCAAAGAGCAAUGUGACAAGUACUGUAUCCAAGGAGGCAACUGCUUCCCCAUCAUGUUCCCAAGCAAGGACUCUAAGGUGAAGACUCAAGGGAAGUGCAUGACUUUCUUCCGAGCCGGGUUCGUCUGCCCCACUCCACCCUACCAGACCCUGACCCGAGAGCAGAUCAACGCUCUGACCUCCUUCCUGGACGCCAGCUUUGUGUAUGGCCCCGAGCCCAGCCUGGCCAGCCGCCUCCGCAACCUUAGCAGUCCCCUGGGCCUCCUGGCUGUCAACCAGGAGGUCUGGGACCAUGGGCUGGCCUACUUGCCCUUUGACAACAAGAAGCCAAACCCCUGUGAGUUCAUCAACACCACCGCCCACGUGCCCUGCUUCUUGGCAGGAGAUGGCCGAGCCUCAGAGCAGACCCUGCUGGCUGCUUCCCACACCCUCUUUCUCCGAGAGCACAACCGGUUGGCCAGGGAAUUGAAGAGACUCAACCCUCAGUGGGAUGGAGAAAAGCUCUACCAGGAAGCCCGGAAAAUCCUGGGAGCCUUCAUGCAGAUUAUCACCUUUAGGGACUACCUACCCAUUGUGCUAGGUGUGGAGAUGCAGAAGUGGAUCCCUCCAUACCAAGGCUACAACAACUCUGUGGAUCCCCGAAUUUCCAAUGUCUUCACCUUUGCCUUCCGCUUUGGCCACUUGGAGGUCCCCGCCACUGUGUCUCGCCUGGAUGAGAACUAUCAGCCAUGGGGUCCAGAACCGGACCUCCCCCUGCACACCCUCUUCUUCAACACCUGGAGGAUAGUCAAAGAUGGUGGAAUUGACCCUCUGGUGCGGGGCCUGCUAGUCAAUAACUCCAAGUUGAUGAAGCAGAACAAAAUGAUGACAGGAGAGCUGCGCAACAAGCUUUUCCAGCCCACUCAGACGAUCCAUGGCUUUGACCUGGCUGCCAUUAACAUACAGCGCUGCCGGGACCACGGGAUGCCUGGGUAUAACUCCUGGAGAGGCUUCUGCAACCUCUCACAGCCCCAGACCCUGGCGGAGCUGGGCGCUGUGCUGAAGAACAAGAUUCUGGCUAAGAAGUUUCUGGAUCUCUAUGGAAGCCCUAGCAACAUUGACAUCUGGAUUGGGGCUGUCGCUGAGCCGCUGGUAGAAAGGGGCCGGGUGGGGUCUCUCUUGGCCUGCCUCAUGGGGAAGCAGUUCCAGCAAGUUCGAGAUGGAGACAGGUUCUGGUGGGAGAACCCUGGGGUCUUCACUGAGAAGCAGCAGGACUCUCUACGGAAAAUGUCCUUCUCACGCCUUGUCUGUGACAACACCCACAUCACCAAGGUCCCCCUGAACCCAUUCAAAACCAACAGCUACCCCCAAGACUUCGUGGACUGCUCAGCCAUUGAGAAGCUGGACCUCUCCCCCUGGGCCUCAGUGGGGAAUUAGGGGCCUCCCACACCGUGCAGGAAAGCUCCCUUUGGUUCACCAUGCCAUUUCAAGCCAGUUCGGUGGUCAGCCCCUGAGUCAUCCACACCCUGUCCCAGCCCUUCUUUCUCACCAGGUCUUGCUCACUUGCCAGAUGCAUACCUCCCACAAGCCCAAGGCCAGAGCCUUGGCCGUUCCAUCUCUUCCACUCGAAAUCCACUGCUCCCAUCUCCUCUUCCUGGGGAAGUCCACGUCUGCUGUGGUGUAGACCUGCUGGGAUGCCCUUCCAGUCUAGCUUGCCCGGGGUCACCUGCCCUCUCCCUGGAACAGGUCUUGGCUGAGGCUGUGGCCUUUGCAUCCUUAUUUCUCUUUAUUUCUUCUCAGCCAGAUUGCAAGUUCUUUAAACCAGGGACUUGACCUGCUUCCGAGGGUCUCCCGUGCCACCACCCAGCAAGGUGCUGGCACACAGCAAGCACUCAAUAAA